CGCACCAAUCGCCCACCUCACCGUCGCACGUCGUUCAUCUUGUCGCUCGCCUCUUCGAUCACCUCGCCGUUGCUCACCUCAACGUGCUUCUUCUCUUGGUUGUCGUCACCGUCGUUGACGCAACCAGCGUCGUCACCUCACCCGCGUCCCUCUCCUUGCUACUUCACGGUUUGUCUACUUCGUCUUUGUCGCCGGUUCGCUGCCUAAAUCGCCUCUCAGUUCUCCGCCGCGAGUGAUAAUGUGUCGCCGUUUGCUUCUUCGAUUUGGUCGACGAUGCAGAUAUGCUAACAUUCUCUGCAACGUCAUCAACUUGAGCUUCCUUACUCUCUUAUCGACACAAACACUUGCAAGCUCUUCUCCAAAAGCACCUUCAACGAUACCACCUCUUCCAACAUCACAUUCAGUUUCUCCAUUGUCGCACCAAUAGUAAACAUCAUGCUACACUCUGCUCCAAUCCUCCAUCUUUCAAUUUACAUCCAUCAUACCUGUUUGUGUAGGUGCAAAAUUCUGGUGAAGAUACUAAGAAAUAUACAUAUGACUUAAACUAUCUAAUUUUCAAACAUAUGGGAAUGAGGGUUUUAAGAAGCCUCGAGGUCUUGAAACUGGGAGUUGUCAACUACUUGGAUGCCUUGAAACUGCAAGAAAAGCUGGUCUUGGAUAGAAAAUCUCAUAGGAUAUGGGAUACUCUUCUGUCUUUGCAACAUCCACCUACAUACACUGUUGGCAAGAGACAAACUGUUCACAAUUUAUUAAUCCCACAGUCGGAAUUGGAACAAAUUGGAGCUGAACUUCACUACACACAACGGGGAGGAGACAUUACAUUUCAUGGUCCACACCAAGCCAUUUUAUAUCCUAUCAUAUCACUUCGUGACAUGGGAAUCGGUGCUCGAAGUUAUGUGGAAAAAAUGGAGCUAACUAUGAUUGAAAUGGCAGCUCAAUACGGUGUGAAGGCUUGUCCUGGACAAGCUGGUGAGACAGGUGUGUGGCUUGGAGAAAGGAAGAUAGGUGCCAUUGGUGUUCGGAUAUCAAAUGGAAUCACUUCUCAUGGUUUGGCAUUCAACAUUGAUCCUGAUUUAACCUACUUUAGGCACAUUAUUCCCUGUGGAAUUGCUGAUAAAGAAGUUACAUCACUGAGAAGGGAGACACAUUCUAUUUUUCCACCUGAAGAAAUAAUACAGGAACAGUUAAUUUCUUGUUUUGCAAGAAUAUUUGAUUAUGAUAACCUUAUCUGGAAAGAGGAUGCUUCAGUAGUUAUUGAUGGAACCGAAUGAGAUGAAAGUAUUUUAGCAAAGAAAUUGUUGUAUAACUUCUAUUUUUGCUUUUAUUCUUUCUUAUUUUACUGUGACACAUUCAUUCUUACAA